GAGGAUCUGCGAAAUUUUGAAGGAUACACUAUAAAUCUGCGACACUCAAAGCUCGGUUCAACUGGACAUGGCGUACUUCAAUCUUUCUGCAUUUACAUGUAGUGGUAUUAUGGUUAUGAUGGUUUCGUUGUUCUUCUCUGUUGAAUCUAAAGAAAAUUACAAUGAAACGGAGCUCAACCUUCCAAAGGUACUCAACACAAGCCUGCCACUGUACUUGUACUAUACCUGCAGCAAUAUAUUUGUUCAAAAUGAGUGUACGAAGAACAUUUGCAUCGUUGAAACUUACACCUGUAUAAACAUGCGUAAGAAUAUGCUCACCAACUACACCUACAAUUUUACACUCUCAACGCGGAAAAACGUAUCAAUGUGGGACAACACGACUUACUUCGCAGAAUUCGUUAACAAAACCCCACCAUCUCCACCAAGUGAAAUGAUGUACAACACCACAACAGAAGGAAGAAUGCCAUAUACAAUUGAUAUGAACUUGACUUUCAAUGAGCCAGACUUCUACAACUGCAGUGUCUUCAAUGUCACCUAUACAUUUAAUGGUCUACAUCUUGUUCCAAUGGAGACGUCCAUGUACAUUAGAGGACAGCUCCCCAACAAUACGCAGCCUUCAGAAGACUGCAUAUCUCAUUUCUUAACCUACUGCCGCAAUAGGACAAUUUACAAGCCAUACAACUCAAACUGCACUCUAAACGAAACGAUCUGCUAAGACGAGAAAGAACGGACUCAAACACAC